CUUCCAAUUGGCUACGCCACUGAUCGUAGUUGAAAUUGAAUGAGUUUGAACUCCAAAGAAUUUUUAAUAUAAUUAGAUAAAUAUUUUUUACCGGAGAUAGUUUUUCCUAGGUUUAAUGUUUUCGAAGAUAUUUUGACCAGAGACAUUUUUUCAAAGAUAUGUCCUGGAAGGCUGGAACUAUUAUUUCAAUAUGGCUCUUGAUGAAAGGUUGAGAAAAUUAAUCAAGCCCGCGCGGAAAAAUUACUGCUGACCACCAUUAAUUCUAAUCUAUUCUUCGCCGGGUGUCGUACAAUGUGAUAAGUUGAUAACGGGUUGAUAACAUUAUUUUGAUUUAGGACUAAAAUCACAGUUCAUAAUUUUGAUGAUUGUGGUAAGACGGAUUCCAAAAUGUAAUUCAUUAAACGCUCUCACUUACUGCCCGGUAUUACCUUUACACUACUGCAUUGCGCCAUGGUCCGUGUCAUAACAGCUUACAACUUUGAAGGCCAAAAAGUCGAUACGUGCGCAGAUCCAGUGGCUUUCACAUCGGCUCCUCCAAACAGACUGUUGAUCGCGCUGGCUCAUCAUGCCAUCGAGGUCCGUGAUCUGUCUGAUGAUCCAAAACCCACUUAUGCAAUACCAACCGUUGAUCAAGUAAUCCAGCUAUCUUACUGUAUGUCUGGUAACUACAUUGUCACUUUGGAAACAAAGCAAAAGAGAUCCAUCGAUGACUCUUUGUACUUAAGAGUUUAUUGUAAUUGGGAACAAUGCAGUCAAGGAACUCCGCCAUUGCGAGCUCGGAUAGCUGGGCGUGUUACUCCUACUGGAUCCCAGAUUGGAGAUAAUGCGUUGGAUAUGAUUGAAAUCCCUGUUAAAUAUUCAAUCAUUAGUUCAUUUGCUUGUUGUCAGGAAACAGGAAAUAUUAUCAUUGCAUCUAAGUGUAUACUCAGUAUAUUUAGAAUGGUGAUAAAAACACAUGACAUAUCUCGACUACGAUUCUUGGACUUUGAUACAUGGCCUAUGGUUAUUAAUCUUAAGUUCAACGUGUACAAUUUACAGAUAGAACAAGACAUUGUAGCUGUUUUUGGAGAGCAAAAAAUUCAAGUAUUUCAGAUUCUUAAAGAUAUUAAAAAAAAUUCUGAUUGGAGCUCUAAUACUAGUUCUAUGAAAACCAGUAGUAUUCAAGAACAACCUGAGGUUUUACCUUCUGGGCCCAUUGAUCUAAACCAAUUAUUGAAAUCUAAAAAUGAUAACUAUCUUUGGAAACUUGUUAACCCAAUAUGUUUUCCUAUUAUGAUGAUAACUCCUGGUUUUGACAACAGUGUAUUGGCAGAACAAGAAGAAAAUGCUCCAUUUAAUAUUGUAUCUAUGCCUAUCACUAUUAAUGAAACCAAAGCAAAUGAUCCUUGGAGUGAACCUAUUUGCUGGACUGUUAAAAUGAUACUGCAACUUGAAUUAAAUAUGAGUAGAUGUAAUAUUACAAAUGAGAAUAUAAAAUCUGUACUAUUGAAUUUGGUUUAUAGAAGACAUGAAACAUCGAAAGUCUUAGAAUGGAAUUUUCCUCGUUUUCGCACAGAAACAUACAAUCAUUUAACAUGUGUUAACUGUUUAAUAAGUUUAAAAGAAGAAGCAUUUGUUUUUCAUUCACUUGUGUCUCAUGAAAAAAAUGAAGUUAAAAUUGCUCCCGCACAAUGCAUUACUGUUUAUAAUUUCAUAUCUCCAGUUAUUAACAUUUUUAUGGAUCGUUCAGUAUUGCAUGUAUUGACUACUACCAGCUUAGAAACAUACACAAUUAGAUUGUUUCCUUCUUCAAGUCCUUCUCCGUCACAAAUUUUAUCAGAACGUGUUACACUAAUUGGUCAUAAACCAUUUUUGGGUAUUGUUGACAUGGUACUUUUAGAAAACAAAUUGAUUAUUUUUACUUCUGCUAAUUCAAAUCUUGAUAAUAGGGUAAACAAUAAUUGGACGCUUUACAUGUUGACUUUACCUUCACCAAAUAGUAUUUGUAAAGUUUUAUCAUUUAAAGCAAGAAUUACAAGAUUCAAAUCUCCAAAUAAGUAUAUCCAUUUGAUUAAAGAAGCCUUAAAUUUAGCAGAUAUUGUAGAAAAUUAUGUAUAUCGCUCUUGUGGUAGUGCACGUUUGGGAGCCAAUGAUUUUAAAAAGUUUUGUUGUCUUGUAGCUGACUAUUACUUUUUGUUUAAAAAAGAAGGAUGGGAAUGGUCUUACAGGCUAUAUGAAAAAGCCAAUUUACAACCAAUAGAUGUAUUUGUGCGAAUGAAACAAUUAAAUGAUAUGUAUGAACGUGUAAAACGUCCAGUGGACACUAUUCCAGCUAUUAAAUUUUAUAUUCGUUCAUGGAUACAUGAUCAUCCAGAGCAAGUUGAUUUGAAAACAUUAGUAUAUGGAAUAAAAAUGGCAGAAAAAAGUGGUGAUUUAUUGUAUGUCGCUGAACUUGUACUUUCUGAAGAGUCGACUAGAAAACUACCACUUCAUAAUGUUAUUAAACAUCUGGAAAAUAAUUUAGAAGCUAGUUAUGAAUGGAAGGGAGCUUUGACAUUUUCAUUGCUGUUUUUAUAUUCUCUAUCCAACAUUGAAACAAAGGAUGUUUCUGAUGUUUAUAAUGAAGCAGAUGAAAUUUCAAAUAAAUCGUUUGUUCAGUAUUGUAAAAGUUAUUCCAAUUUAUUAAUAGAACAAGAUUCUUCAUUUUCUGAUUUUUCAUUGAUCUUAAUGCAAGAAACUCCAAUUUUGAUUGCUCAUGGUUUUGCAGAAAUAGUUUCUUCUAGUCAGUCUAUAAAACUACGAAAAAUCAUUCAAGCUUUUCAAAAAUAUAUUGGAUCUCAUAUGUACUCAACAAAUGUAACAGACGUUUUUAAAAAAUUUCUGGAAUUACAUUUCUCUUGUUCUUAUGGACAUGACAAGAAACCAGAUCUUAACAAAAAAUAUGUCUGUGAUGCCAUUAAGAUUCUAUUUCGGCAGUACUUAACAGAUCUCACAAAACCAAUUUCAGAAAAUUGUACCCAAACUAACUCCAGAGAUAGGAAAAGUAUUUACAAUUCACAAAUACCAGGUUACAUACAAAUGUUACCAUGUUACAACAAUAAUAAUGAAAAUCUUUUUAAGCUACAAAGCUUAUUUUACACCAAUUGGUUAACUAAAGAUUUCAUUGAAGAUAUUAAACAAGUCCUCCCAUUGAUGAACAAGUCUUCAUUAAGUCUGGAGAUAAUGGCCUCUACAAAUACCAUGAAAACAAUUGAAAUAGUAGUAGACAAAUGUCCCCAGGCUGUUCUAAAAUACUCAAUGGAUUGUUUAAAGUCUACAUCCGAAUGGAAGUAUGUAACAAGUUUAUUAGAGAAAAAAUCAAAAUCAGAUGUGGAUAAUCAGUCCAAGUACCAAGAAGUUUUACAUGAUCUGCUGGAUUAUUUGUCACAUAAUAUGUGUGUUGAAGACCUCUGUAGCAUUCUUCCAGUAGAAAACUCAACUAAUAUUGGUCAUGAUGAGUAUCAAACUUAUGUUAUUACUUGUCAAAAGAUUAAUCAAGCAAAUCAAAUUAAGUCAAUGGUUAUGGCUACUGGUCAACAACUUUUAGCUUCUUUAAAUUUCAAAUAAAUUUCAAACCAUUUUUAAUGCUUUAUUGCACAAGCUUUCAAUGAAUAUUUUAUUAAAUAUUCCUUAUACAUUGCUGCAUUUAUUGCAUUAUCACCAAAUAUUUGAUUUAUUAAUGGGUUUUGUUCAAUAAAACUUAUGAAAAGGAAAGUUUUUCUAUGUAAGUUUGAAAUAGUUUUGAUUGGAUUGUGAUGAAUACUGAGUAUUAAAGUACUGCCUUUAUUUUUAUUAUUUAUUAGUACUUAAUGAAACCUAUUUUCGUUGAUUGUUGGUAUUAUAUUUUAGAGGUCCAUUUUGAAUUUAGCAAAUUAAAUCAAUUU